CGGCGGUGCGGGCAGCGGGACUGCAGUGCCCCCUCUCCCGAGAAAGCCCGCACGCCCGCGCGCGCCCGCACGAGCACACCAUGGGCAGCGAGAACACGCGCGAGAGCCCUUGAGUGUCGGAUGCGUUUUAGCUAUGGCUUCUGCCCUCAACAGCAAAAUUCACACGCCGGGGUCUUGCCCGAGCUCCAAAGCUGAUGCCCGCGGUGGCGCCGACUGGAGAAUAGACUGCGAUCCCGAGAUGCACGUAAAAAUGUGCAAGAAGAUCGCCCAGCUCACCAAGGUGAUUUAUGCCCUGAACACCCGCCAGGAUGAGGCAGAGGCCAGCAUGGAGGCGCUGCGGGAGGUGCACCAGGAGGAGCUCCGGAACGCGGUGGCGGAGACCAAGGCCAGGCUCCUGCGGGAGCAGGGCGGCGCGGAGGAGGAGGAGGCCCUGCUCCAGCGCAUCCGGGCCCUGGAGAGCGCCCUGGAGCUGCAGAAGAGGCUGACGCAGGAGGCGCUGGCCCAGUCGGCCACGUGCAGGCUGGAGACCAAGGAGAAGGAGCUGAGGGCGGAGGCGGAGCACGCCGAGCGGGUCCUCACCCUCUCCAAGGAGAUGCUGGAGCUCAAGGCUGGCUACGAGAAGAGGCUCCGGCACCUGACGGGCUGCGAGGCAUCCCAGUGGGGCCGGCCGUGCCAGGAGAGCCCAGACCCGGGGGCAGAGCCCGGCCACAGCCCCGACAUGCGGGACGUCCUGCUGGAGGUGGAGCGGCUGCGAGGGGAGAACCAGCAGCUGAGCAAGGACUACGCCCGCAAGGCCGAGGAGCUGCAGGCCACCUACGAGCGGGAAAACGAGGCCAUCCGGCAGGCCAUGCAGCAGUCGGUGAGCGAGGCCCUGUGGCAGUGGCAGGAGAAGGAGACAGACCUCCGCAAGAACUUCCAGGUCCAGGAGUCGGCCCUGCAGGCCCAGGUCAGGAAGCUGGAAGGGGACCUGGAGCACAGAGGCCGGAAGAUAAGUGACCUGAAGAAGUACGCCCAGAAGCUGAAGGACAGGACUCAGGACCUGGAUGUGCAGCUCAGGGAAGCUCGACAGGAGAACUCAGAGUUGAAAAGCACUGCAAAAAAGCUUGGGGAGAAGCUGGCUGUUGCCAAAGAGAGACUGAUGCUGCAGGAGUGUCAUGGGACAGAGAAAACCGAUGACAUGAAGAUGGAGCUGGUUUCAGAGCAUGAAGUCCUAGGGAGAGCGAAUGAUGUGGAAGUCUGCAGUCUCCCUCCUCACCAGGGCCAGGCAUUGCCCAAGGAGUGUCCCUGCAUGAAAGGAGGCACAGAUACACAGACCAAGAAAGAGGCAAGUAUUGAGACAGAACAUGUGAAGCAACAAUACGAAGAAGACCUUCGUAAAAUCAAACAUCAGACAGAAGAGGAGAAGAAACAUCUCAAAGACCAGCUAGUGAAGCGGCUGGAAGACCUGAUCAAGAAACACACCAUGGAAAUCAAAUCUGUUCGCUCUUCGGUGGAGGCAGAAAGGAAGGAGCUGCAGGAGGAAGUAGAAGCACAGUUGGAAGAGGUGAAGAAGAAAUCAGAAACUGAAAUAAAGCAGCUGGAAGAACAGAAGGCAGCCCUAAAUGUGAAGCUUCAGAAUUCUCUGCUUGAGGUUUUAAGACUGGAAGAAUUUAUCCAACAGAAUAAGGUACAUCCCCAAAGAGAUGAGGAAAGUUCCCAGGAAUUGGACUGCCAUCGCUGCAGCAUUUUAGAAACCCAGGAUCCAUGCUUAAAGCUGAACGAACCUUCUCAGACCCUGACCAGAGGAGAGCUUCAAGAUAAGUCAGCGGUUGAAGACAGAACCAGCAGCGAUGAAGAAAGAAUUGAAGUCUCCCUCAAGGAAGGAGGUGACCUGCAACCUCCACUGGGCUCUUUGCUGAAGGAGAAGGCACCCCAAAUCCAGCAUCUGCAGGAGGAGUGGCGAAGCCAGAAGGCCAGGUUGCAAGCCCAGGUCUCGCAGAUGCAGCGGGCUCUGGAGCAGUGUGCCAGCAGCUACAGGGAGGACCUGCAGGAGCUCAAGCAGCUCUCCGACCACGAAAGGGAGAAGCUGCAGCGCGAGCUCCAGGAGGCCGCUCAGCAGAGCCAGGCCGUGAGAGCCCAGCUCGAGGCUUCCCAUCAGCGAGCCCUGCGCGUGCUCGAGAAGGCCAAAAACCAGGAACUCAAGGCCACAGAGGAGCGCUUGAAGAAGGAAUCCAGCCACAGCCUUCAGAUCCAGCACCAGGCACACCAGCUGGAGCUUCAGGCCUUGGAGGAGAAGGCCCAGCAAAAGCUCCAGGGGGAGCUGGAGAGGGUGCAGGCCCAGCAGGCUCUGCUGCUAGAUUCCCUCAGGCAGGAGCUGCUGGAGCAGCAGGCUGCCUGCUCUGAGCACCAGAAGGACUUGGAGGCACUGCAGGCUGAGCUGAGGGCUCCGGGCAGCGCGGGCAGGUGGCAGCCUACUGGCCAGGGCCCAGGGGACAGCGAGGACCAGGUCAUCACGGCAGAGGAGGGGGUCGGCCCGGGCCAGGCGGGCUCCCCGAAGGGCGGCGCUGACGGUCCCAGCGAGGGAUGCGGCCUCUGGGAGGAGAACGCGCAGCUCAAGGACGCGCUGCGGCGGCUGCGGGCCGAGGUGGAGCAGCACCGGCAGGAGGCGCUGCAGCUCCGCGACCAGCGCAGGCUGCUGGAGGCAGAUCAGCAAGCCCAGCAGGCCCAGGAGGUGGAGACACUACGCCAGGAACACCGGAAGGAGAUGCAGACCAUGGUGGCGGAUUUCAGCAGUGCUCAAGCCCAGCUCCAGGCCCGGCUGACUGCCUUGGAAACUGAACUGAAAGAUUCUGGAGAGAAGCCAGGGAAGGGGGCAUCCAAGCCGGAGGACAUUCAGCUCAUCGGCCGUCUGCAGACCCGCUUGAAGGAGAGAGAGGAGAUCAUCAGGCAGCUCACGGAGGAGAGAAGAUUUCACUAUGCAGCGUUCCCCAGUGCAGUGUCCCAUCGGAAUAGGUCCUUCUCCUUCAAUCCUCACCCAGGAUAUUUGACCCCUUCCAUGAAGCAGAAAAAGAUGAUGGAGGAAGUGCCCAACCGAGUGGUCAGUGUGCCAAACCUCGCCUCUUAUGCAAAGAAUUUUCUGAGUGGCGAUCUGAGCUCCCGGAUCAAUGCCCCUCCCAUUACAAAGUCACCCAGCUUGGACCCAAGCCCCAGCUGUGGCCGGCCUUACAAACCCACCCAGACUCUGAAUGUGAAAACCGCCACAAGGAUACAAGACCGUGAAACAGCCCAACCCAAAGAAGUCCAGCAGAAACAGGGCUCUGCCCACCAGGAAUGGUUUACCAAGUAUUUUUCUUUCUAAACAGAUUCUUGGGAUCCAUCAUGAAGACGACAUUUGAAAAA